AGACUCGCUAGCUCUGCCGUUGUGAGUUGAGGUAUUAGUGAGCACCAACUGCAGAGCGUCACUGAGGUACUAUUGCAAAGAGCAGUUAACUCACAGUCUUCUUGGACGUCUUCACAUCGUCCUCGUAAUUACCGGUUAUGCCGCUGCGCUGAAAAUCGAAACUUAUUUAAUUUUUUUAUUAUUGUUAAUAUUGUUAUACGAAAAUCCCGCCACCUAUCGCGCGCCUUUUUAUACACGGUAUCAUUUUGGCCAUUGCCCGGUAAUUAUUAUGGUCGUGCAUCACAGCGCGACGUCCGUCAGCAUGGAGGUGGAUCCGCCGCGGAACGCCAACAGCCCGGACGACCCGAAGACUGCAAACGGUUCGUCGGAGAAUGAGAAAGCCGAGGACUCGGAAUCGUCGGAAGACGGGCCACUGGACGUGGGUGAACAUUACCUGGUUCGCCGGUACGACGAUUCGUGGCAUCCUGCUGAAGUUCUACAUACGAGGUUCAAUGAUACAGAACAUCUUUUUGAGUAUUAUGUACACUAUGAAGGGUACAAUCGAAGAUUGGAUCAAUGGGUACCUAGAGAUCGGAUAAUGAAUUCAAGAUUUGAUAUUUCUGAAAAAAAUUGGAAACAAAAAGACGUAAAUAAAAACCUAGAUCUUCUUAAUCAAUCAGACAGAAAGAUCACAAGGAAUCAAAAACGAAGACAUGAUGAGAUAAAUCAUGUUCCAAUGUCUUAUGCAGAGAUGGAUCCAACUACAGCUGCAUUGGAAAAAGAGCACGAGGCAAUAACUAAAAUUAAAUACAUCAACAAAGUACAGUUAGGAAAGUAUGAAAUUGACACAUGGUAUUUUAGUCCAUUUCCAGCAGAAUACCAAAAAGAAUCUAAAAUUUGGAUUUGUGAAUAUUGUUUGAAAUACAGCAAAUUAGAAAAAUCAUUCAAAUACCACAUGAGCCAAUGUACAUGGAGGCAACCACCUGGUGUUGAAGUCUACCAUAAAGGAUCAUUAUCAAUUUGGGAAGUGAAUUCCAGUCAACACAAAAUGUAUUGUCAGAAUCUUUGUUUAUUGGCAAAGUUAUUUUUAGAUCACAAAACACUCUAUUUUGAUGUUGAACCAUUUUUGUUUUACAUCCUUUGUGAAGUUGACAAAGUUGGUGCACAUUUAGUUGGAUAUUUUUCUAAAGAAAAAGAUUCACCAGAUUGUAACAAUGUAGCUUGUAUAUUAACAAUGCCACCAUUUCAGCGACAAGGCUAUGGUAAAUUAUUAAUAGCAUUCAGCUAUGAAUUGAGCAAGUUGGAAGGACUUGUAGCCAGUCCUGAAAAGCCAUUGAGUGAUCUUGGUAAAUUGUCAUACAGAUCUUAUUGGUCAUGGGUACUGUUGGAAAUUUUGAAAAACGCUUGUGGAUCUUUAUCAAUUAAAGAUUUAAGCGCUAUGACUAGUAUCACUCAAACGGACAUCAUUUCAACGUUACAGUCCAUGAACAUGGUAAAGUACUGGAAAGGUCAACAUGUGAUUUGUGUGACGCCAAAGAAUGUUGAACAACUGAUUAGUUCGGAGCAGUAUAAACGUCCCAGAUUCAUAUUGGAAGGAAGCGCUAUUAAAUGGACACCCAAAAAGUACAACCCUCGCCCUGGACCAUCUAGACAUUCAAGAUCCCAAUACUUAGCCGGAUAAAGAAAUUGGUGCAGAUCCUGUGAAAUUAUUAACAUUACCUAGUAGUCAUUUAAGAUUUACCUAAUGUAAAUAGUUAAAACUUUUUUACAUAUAUAUUUUAAUAUAUAUUUUGGGAAGGUUUAAAUGACAAGGGCAAACAUCAGUUUUGCUGUUCAUUAAGGACUGUUAUGGAUUAUUGACAACAAACAUUGAAUUAAAAAAAUAUUUACAUUCUCGGAAUAUCUUUUAUAUCCGAUGAUUUGUUAGGCUGUUAAUGGGUGGUGUUGUAAAUGAUUUAUGGCGAACGCAAUUGAUGUGAUAGGGCAUCAGUCUUUUUAGACUUGUGGUUGUUCUCCAGUACCCUAUGGUGUUAGUCUUGCGUAGAUACACUUAUUAUUAGGGUUUAGUGUGAUAAUAUGUUUGCUAUUUUUAUUAAAUACCAUAUUAUAUUGUCCCUUGUCAUGCCUUUUCAUCAUGUGAUAGUAUUUUAUUUUUGACUUUUCCAAGUACACGCCUAAGACAUAAGUUGACAUUUUAAUUAUCUCAUUGUAUUUCAAUAAUUUUCUAUUUUAUAUCUUUUGUAUUUCAUUAAUUAAUGUGAAUGUGCUUAUGUUUUAGCGUAAACAAAUAAAAUAAAUGCAAACUUACAUUAACUUUGGCGUUUAAUUUUAAACACAAAUUUCAGGAUAUUUUAUUUUAUUAAAAUAAUAUGUAUACAUAAUUUCCUGUAUCAGAUCUUUGUUCAAUGUACCUCUUUGGUUUCCUUUUUUUAAAUUCAAUAAUUCAUACAUUUAUCGAAUCUGCUGUUAGUUGCACGAUAACAGAUUUAUAUACUUGAUUUAUAAACUGGUAGCUGUAACUAGUGACUGCUCUUUAAGUGAUAUGCCUUUAAUACAUCUCCUUUUCAUAUUUUUUAAAUUGAUGUAAGAAUUUUGAUGAAUCAAUUGCUUGGUUAAUAUUGAUAUUAGUUAAAAUAUAACCUUUCUUUAAAUGUAAUUUAAGACUUGAAUAACAUCCAGUUGUUAAAUUGUGUGAAGUAAAACUUAAGAUUUAUAGUAAAUAUAUAUAUUAUAUAUUCAUAAUUAUGAUAAAAAUAAUAUAUUGUACUAAGUUCAUAUUAACUUAGCUGUUGGUGCGAAGUGAAUCUAUUAUUAAUUAAAGUUAUUGCAUUUAUUAUUAUAUUCAAAUGAGUUUUGUUGAAUAUGACGCAGUUUAUGUGUGUAGACAAUUAGAUUACGUACUGUAUUUUUUUGUACUGAUAGUGAAAACUUUAGUUUUUGUAAAAGAUAUGGUAACAAAUAAGGUAAUGUUGAAGUAGCUGAUGCUUAUGUAUACUAUAACUUAAUAAGAUUAAAUAUAUUUAGUUCAUUGUUGAAAAUGUACUAUGA